UAAAGCCGGUAAAGGCAUCAAUAUACGCCAUUUUAAAAAGGGACAAGGUAUACACCGUAAAAACACCCAAAAGGAGGCAAGUAUUACUUAUACUAGAACAAGAUUUGCUGGAGUGGACAUCCGUGUGAGGGUCAAGGGAGGUGGUCAUGUGGCACAGAUUUAUAAAUAUGUGGAUGAGGCCUCAAAGAAAGAGAUCAGGGAUGUGCUGAUUCAGUACGACAGGUCUCUGCUGGUUGCAGAUCCCCGUCGCUGUGAACCAAAGAAGUUCGGAGGACCUAGAGCUCGUGCCAGAUACCAGAAAUCUCACCUUUAA